GCAAACAACCAAAAUAAUAAUACAUCUCUGUGAAACUAUUUACUAAAACUACGCUGACAAGCUCUUCUUCCAGCCAAAGUGAGGAGAAAAGCGACCUAAUAGUUAGAAAUAUGGCCGUCAGGCAGUGGUGGAUUAUGCAUGGAAUGCUAUUGRUAUUCAUGGUAAAUGGAGUGUUUUCUCACAAACGUGACGUUUCAUGGUUUGGUCAACAAAGGACUUCCAAGAUCCAAUCACCGAACUUGGAACAGGUACAUAUACAACAACCUGAGCACCAGGACAAACACACAUUCCAAGAUUCAUCUAAAAAAUUAAAAUCUAUUACAGAUGUUAUUGAUGAAACCUUAGAGAGCAAACAGCGCCAUCAUCAUGAUACUAUUGCACAAGAAGCUAAAGAUGCCGGUUUAAAAUACCACGCUUUGGGCUGCUUUGCUGAAACUAAUAAAACGGAAAAGGCGUUGCCCAAGCUAUUGGCUGACCUAACGAAAAGCAUCAAAUGGAAACCGAAUAUGAGAAACUUUGGUAAAAUAAUUCAAGUAUGCGCAAUGGAGGCCAAGAAAGAAGGCGUCAAAGUGUUUGGGUUACGUGAGUUUGGUCGUUGUUACAGUGGMGACGAUGCUCUUCAUACAUACAAUAAAUAUGGCAAAUCAGAUGACUGUGAUUUCACAGAUAAAGUAGGUCUAUUUCAGGCCAACUUCGUUUACAUGUUCGAUUUGCCACCUGUUCCAAUGAAGCGGCCAACACAUGUUUACUGCUUCCCAGGCGACUCACAAGUACAAACAAACAACCAAAAGCUGACCAUGUCGACAUUGAGGAUCGGUGACCAAAUCAAAACUUUAGAUCGUCAGGGCAAUCCGGUAUACAGCGAAGUCAUAGCGUUCCUUCAUCGACAAGAGUCRUCUAUUGCCGAAUACUUAUCGAUUAUUACAGAUAAUGGACUUACAUUGAGAGUAUCUAACAAGCAUUUGGUCUUCAAAAYCGAAGACACAACGAGCAAGACUAUUGCAGUGUUUGCUUCAGAUCUCAAGGUUGGCGAUACAUUAYUUACGGUCGGAAAGUCUUCGGAAACUAGUCGGAUCGYUAAGAUUGCUAUGGCAACACAAAAUGGGAUAUACGCACCCCUUACCAGACAUGGCACUAUGAUUGUUGAUGGCGUUCUCGUGUCCUGUUAUGCUCACUGGGAUUCUCAUACUGUUGCACACAUAACAAUGGCACCACUACGACUAUGGACCGAUUUAACGUCACUUGUGACGUCACUAAGUAGAGUAUUGGGUUUCCAUGGCAACACAUAUGGUGGCAAUAAUGAAGGAAUAAACUGGUACGCGCUUUCUUUAAUGAGCAUCGUAGAGAAGUUUGUCCCUCUUCAAUAACAUUCCUUCGAUAAUCCACCGCCGGGCAUCAACAGUACUCACCAUUGUUCAACAUCAUCAAGCGAACUCCACAUUGGCGCUUAUUGAAGAGACAAUAUUCACCAUUACUUAGUUUUUAAACUAAGUAAAUAAACCUUAAAAGAUUCCGGUGAUGAUUCGUCAAAUGAGCGAUAAAAUGGUACAUAAGCUACAUUAUAGGUAGGGGYAUCUGACAUUGUUGUGGGCGUGGGCGCUAUAUUGAACUGGUUCUAGAACCGCUUUUACUGGGCUAGGAUACUCAGUGACCUAUUAGUUUAGUUUGUAAGACGUGUGGACAUUUUAAGAAUCACAACCAACCACUGUACUAUGCGAGCAGAGCCGCCAUUUUAGGUGGACACGAAAAUGGAGGAUUGUAUUUUUCACGUCAAGCUAAAGGUCACGCAGAACGACGCAGAACAACUUCAGU